AACCAAGGAAUUAUUAUCAUGGCGACAGAAAAAGUACAGCCUGCCAUUGACUGGGGGUUUCUGUUCUCCUUCCUUCCAAUGAUGACCCAAUGGAAUUUUUUGUAAUUGCAAAACUGUUGUUUCACUUUCAGUAUAACUAGUUUAGGACUUAUUCGGACAGGUUACUACAGGAAAAAUUAACAGCUAGAAAACACUGCUAGUUUAGGAGUUCUUCGGACAGGUUGCUACAAGGAAAAUGGACGAGAAUACACCGCUAAUAGUCAAACGCACAUCGCGCACGAGCAAUGCCAGGCUAUACCUCGCUGUGUUUUCUGCUGUUUUGGGGAAUUUCAAUUUCGGCUAUUCCUUGGUUUACCCCUCCCCAGUGAUCCCUCAACUCCAAAACAGUGGUAACCCUAAACUGAGGAUGGACACAGAACAGAUAGCCUGGUUUGGGUCUAUUUUCACACUGGGGGCUGCAGCAGGAGGACUUGGUGCCAUGCUUCUGAAUGACCUGAUUGGCCGGAAGUUAAGCAUCAUGGUGUCAGCAGUCCCCUCAACAGUUGGGUACAUUGUGAUGGGAGGGGCACAGGCUACUUGGAUGCUACACCUGGGCAGGUUCCUAACUGGUAUCGCUGGUGGCAUGACUGCUGCUUCCAUACCUGUGUAUAUAUCAGAGAUCUCCCACCCCAAAGUUAGGGGAGCUUUGGGAUCGUGCCCUCAAAUCACUGCUGUGUUUGGAGCCCUGUCACUCUAUUCACUUGGGCUAGUGGUUCCGUGGCGGUGGCUGGCUGUGGCAGGGGAGAUCCCAGCUCUGCUCAUGCUGCUGCUGCUGUGCUUCAUGCCCGACUCUCCCCGCUACCUCAUCACCUGUGGCAAACAGGAGCAGGCCUGCAAGGCCCUGGAGUGUCUGAGAGGGCCCGACUCAGACUUCAUGGCAGAGUUCAACUCGAUUGAACUCAGUAUCUCGUCUCAGGGGAGAAUCAGGUGGUCCGAUUUGAUAACGCCGUUCUACUACAAGCCCAUCCUAAUCUCCAUAGUGAUGAGGUUCCUUCAGCAGAUGACUGGCAUAACUCCCAUCCUGGUGUAUCUGGAGCCCAUCUUCCACAAGACUGAUGUCUCCCUGGAACCUAAGUACGAUGCUGCACUGGUGGGAGCAAUUCGACUGCUAUCUGUGGUGAUUGCUGCCAGUUUGAUGGACAAGGCUGGAAGGAAGGCCCUCCUCUAUACCUCAGGGUUCCUGAUGUUUCUCGCUACCCUUACAAUGAACAUGUACUCACACACCACCCCCUGCCCCUCCGGUAACCUGACUGGCACUGUGCUCCCCACAGACCUCAUAGCACAGCAGGGGGAAGCUGCCUUCAACACCAUCACCCUCAUCCCAUUAAUAAGCACCAUGGUCUUUAUAUUUGGUUAUGCUAUGGGAUGGGGCCCAAUCACUUGGCUUCUGAUGUCUGAGAUCUUGCCUCUGGGAGCGCGAGGGGUCGCGUCAGGCCUGUGUGUGGGGGUCAGCUGGUUGACUGCCUUUGUCUUGACUCAUGUCUUCAUUCAUGUGGUGGAGACCUAUGGACUGUUUGUUCCGUUCCUGUUCUUCUCGGUGGUGUGUGUGGUGAACAUAAUUUUCACCGCCGUGUGUGUCCCUGAGACCAGGAACAGAUCGCUGGAGGAGAUUGAGAACUAUUUCCGGACUGGACGCAGUUUCACCAUCAUUGACACAUAACACCUGUUGCUUACUGGAGCAUUGUGGACUUCAUCAACAUGAUGCAGUCAUUUGUAUGAAUUGAUUUUAUUCAGGUGUUUAAUUCCACCAUUUAAGUGUUUGUUAAAGGACAAAUACACUGUUUUUGGAUCUUAAUGAUAUCGUUUUAUUAAUCACUCAUACAUAUAUUUAAUUGUAAAAUGACAUUACAUAAAUACACGUGGCAACACCAUGGUCUGCCUGUCAACUUCAUGUACCUGUAACAAAAGGUUAUAGAUUUGAGCAUUGGGAAAGUAACACACAGACAAAUGAACCAGUUUCAGAAUUCGAUGGCUCAAUUCCUUUUAGGUAUUCAAACUCACCCUUCUUCCACAAACAGCAGUGAGAAGUUCUCUUUUAUCAAAAAAGGGGAAGAUGAUCAUGCACAAUUACAUAUAGACCCACAAAAUACGAUAUUGGUUUGGCAUUUCAUCACGAACUUCUAUAUAUUUUCUCGUCGUUUGGCAUUCUGUUUCCUUUCCACUUAAAAACAAGCUGCUUCUGACAUUGCUGCCUCUUUAGGCUUGUUUCAAUCAGCCUGGUGGGAACAAGAGCUGAGAGCCACAAAAGAUUAACAUUACAUUUAGCAUACUACCUCAAGAUUGCAAAAUUAACCAACACUGGCUGCGUUUUACACAGGCAGCCCAAUUCUAAUAUUU